AUGGCUAUGGCGACAUCAGACACCCAUGUUAAACGAGCUUCCUCAUCUCUUGAGCAGAAAAAUCCGAAGCGGGUAAAGCGUCACUAUCACCACCAUCAUCGCUUACAGGAGCCCGUCGUUCUCCCAUCCUCGUCCGAGCCAGUCGUGCAGGAUGACACCCAACUCGACCAAUUGAUGAAUCGUGCAGUGGGCCAGACUUUGAAGGACUCUGGGUUUGAGCUGGCCGAUCCAACUGCACUGUCAAGUCUCUGCAGUGCUACUGAGGAGUACAUGUUACGACUUUCCACAUUUAUUCGUCAGUCCAUGCUAUCUGCGCGACGCGUCCAACCAAUUCCACAAGACUUUGACCACGCUCUAAAGCGUCUCCGUCUCAAUCCUGAUGAUCUUCUCCCUCAUCUCAAACCAGCGUCAAACAAACCUACGCCGACACUAUUACCAUCUCCUCCUCCAGAGAACGAAAUAUCAAAAUCUCUCCCAUUUCUCACGGCACUGAGUAGUGAAGACGACCGUGCAAAUCGUCCCUACAUCCCAAAACAUUUCCCGAGCUUCCCUAGCAAACACACUUACUCCGCCACCGCUGUCUUUAUUGGACGAGACAACGACCCGCGCAAGAUUAGAGAACGCGCGGCAGAGGAUGGACGGCAUGGCGAGGAAGCUUUGCGCAAAUUAGCGAGUGCUGCAUUCCGCGAUAACCAGACGGGCUCGACUGGCCGCGACAAGAAACUCUGGGGUCGGAGAAUGGACAGCAUGGAAAGCAUGUUUGAAAAGACGAUCAAGGGAAUAUCCAAAAAGCAAAGCAAGGAUACUACCAGCUCAGCCAUGGAAAUCAAUCCGGGUGAUGUCGACAAGUCCCGGCUCAAGCUCUCGUGGAAUAUGGAGCUGGGCCCUAUUGUCAACUGUGAGCGAGACCUCUGGCGCCGGACCAGCUCGGAUGUACGACGAGGAGAGGAGAAGAUUUCAAAGCCUCCAGCAAAUGUUGAUCCAGCGGACGUCAUGACUGACAUGUAA